AUGAGCAAGCCGUCAAGCCGCCGCCAAAAAGCAUCCCCAGGCACGCGCGUCGUGCAUUACCCUCGCACACAAUACCUGGACACCGAGCACCAGCGCGCAGGGCACCUGAGCGUGCCGUCAACAGACACGAAGAGCCUGAGCCUGAUCAAACUGGCGGACAAGGGCGGAAAGUUUGCCCUCAAGCAAGGCAAGCAGAAGAAAGGGAAGCAACAGCAGUUCCCCCGGCACCGCCGCGUCCGCCGCAGUCGUCGCAAGCACGACAGCUGCUCCUGCAGCUUUGGUGCGCCCGCGUGCGAAAAGCACUUUGCCGUUCGCGAGUGGAGCGAGGUGGAGCUCGUGCUCAACCACUCCUCCAGCGGCGCAGGCAGCGCACGCCGCUGCCGCAUCAACACGCUCAAGACCGACACCACCACCUCCGUCCACUUCUUGGAGCCCGUGUCAUCGCCACGCGCCCUGAGCGAUGAGAGCGCCGACCCAGUGUAUGUGACGGACGAGCACGGCAACCGCGUCGUUGUCUCCUGGUACCUGCAACUUGAGCGCGAUGACCAAGAUACGAAGGACAGCGACAGCAGCAGCAGCAGCAGCAGCAGUGGCGGUGGUGGCGAUGGUGUUGGUGGCAGCGACUUGGCCGCCAAGAAGCAGCAGCAGCAGCAGCAGAAGGGACAGCACGAGCCAGGCUGCGAAGGAGACGCCCACGGCAGCAAACAGACUGGUGAUGGCGAUGAUGUGGUUGAGUCAUUCUACAGCGUGCUUGCCACACACAGCGUCACCACGCCAGCUGGCAUCGCGCCACCCCAGCCGCUUGCCACGAUCCAGGAACAGGAAGAAGGAGAAGAGGAGGAACCAGAAGCAGAAACCAAGGGGACGGUGGAUGCGCAACAUGUCGAGCAGGCAAUCAGCGUCACCGUGUGCGAAUCUGAGAUUGUUCAGACGCACCGACAGCAGCAGCAGCAGCAACAACAACAACAACAGCAACAACAACAACAACAACAGCAACAACAACAAGAGGACAACACGGAGGGGGCAGCAGCAGCGCAGGGGAGCGAGCAGACCACCAAUGACAGCAAGAGCGACCCCAAGACCAAUGCUCACGCACACGACGACGCAGCACAGGAAGUGGAGGAGCAGGAAGCGAGUGAAGCGGACACGGACGACACUUGCUUGUUCCACCACCACCGCCAUGCCUCGCUGGGCGACACCAUGGUGUCUUGCCCACUGUCACCGAUGGAUGUGGUGCUGCGCCAACGCCAGGCCCGCGCAACCGCGCUCGCCGCCGCUGCAACCGCAACUACAGUGAGCAUGGCUUCAUCUUCAGACGCCAAGACUGCACCCGCGACCAGCACGACCAGCACGACCAGCACGAGCUUUGCCUCCCUGCCUCAGCACAGUGAGCAUGAACUAGGAGCAGGAGAAGACCCAGAUAACGCUGUGCCAGCGCUCUCCGCCAGCACAGACUCCCUACCCCCACCACCACCGCCGCCACCGCCGCCACCACCCGCCCCGGAACACGACGCGGCCGAAUUGGGUCCGAGCAGCGUCCUGAGCAAGGCUGCGGCGAUGGAGGGCCAAACACUGUUUGCUCCGCGCUCGCCACCACUGCCGCCGCCACCGCCACCGCACAUGUUGUGCGGGUCACCAUCCCUACCACCAUCCCCACCAUCCCCACCAUCACCACAGUCGCCACCGCCACCGACGACGAGGCCGAUUGUGGCGUUUCCGCCCCCACCGUCAACCCCGCCCCCACCGCUGCGCGCACAGAGGGAUGAGACGCCGCAGCGGCGGUGCAUCUCGUGCCCGCACCAUCGCCAGAGGUGGUCGUUCAAGCGCGAGGAGACGACCGAGUUGUGGGUGUACCCGCUGAUGGGCGAUGCGCAGGUGGGUGACCUGCUCCACACCAUGCUGACGCCCAAGGCGUACUAUGUGCUGUGCCGGUGCUGGUGCAGCAUUGGGCACUGCUGGCGCGUGUCAUUCCUUGACGAUGCCGGGAGCGUUGUGCACCACAGCCUGGCGCACGCGCCAAACGGGCGGGUGUAUGUUGACGGUGUGCUGAUGGCGCACCGCCGCUUCAGUGACCUUGCCUCUGCCCUGUUUGCAUGGCUGGAGCUGAACCAGCCCCAGCUGCGCUUUUGUGUUCGCCCAUGUAUCGUUGUUGUGUGA